CUACGGUGUUCAUGCAAAUCGAAAUUAAUUGCAUGCUAGUGUUGGCUGCUUCAUCUCAAAACCAAACCUACACGUGGAAAGCUACCACCAUUGAUGACAUGUCACGUGUCCAAUUCACCGACUUAUUCCGCCCUAACAUGCCAUGUUGCGUGACAGAGCUUCUUAUCUCUUCUUUAUACGUCCCCACAUCGUACUUACUACUUAAAUACUAUAUAAAAGAUGCGAUAUCUUUUAAAUGAUUCAUUUUUCUGAAUCAAAAGUUAGUACAAUACCAAAACUCUUGAGAGAUUCAUCAGUUAUUUUUUUCAGUUUUGUCUAAUGAAAAUGGAAGUAGGCAAGAGGAUGGAGAUGUUAGAGAGGAAGUCGUCGAUAGAGACAGAGCCCAUGACAUUGCAUCUCGAUCAAAUAGAACAUGCUCGAGAGGAGGCAUUGUUUGUGAUGAAAACAAAGACAUUUCAAGAAGCUAUGGAUAUUUUCACAAAGGAGUCGCAAGAGGGGUCAAGGGCUGAUGAGGAGAAAAGAGGAAGAUGUUUAGAUUUGAAGGAUUAUGAAUAUGAUGAAGACGAGAGACUAAUCUUUCUUGAUCCUAUUGGUUGGGACAUUGUUUCAGCUCCUUUUUAAUUAUCCAAGAAACGUUUUUUUUUUUUGCUAUGUUUAGUUUCAUCUCUUUAUUAGUUUUCAUCUACUCUUAAAUAUUUCUUGUAAAUAUUUGUAUACUUGAAGAUGUUUUGUUGAUGUAUACACUGUAAAUUUUACAAUCUUUUUCUAUUUGAGCACAAUCAUCAUGUUGUGGAAUUGAAAAACCAAGAUCAUCUGGUGCUUAA